AAAGGGAGGACUCCUGGCUCCUGUCAGACUCCUUCUGGGUGGGUACCACUUGCCUUUCACAUUCCUACAGUAUGUCAUCUGCUCCGUAUAGUGGGUGAAUGUGCUUUGCAUGUCCUUGACAUUUUGUGCCCUGCAGUAUCCUGUUUGAGGCUCAGAAGCCCUGUCUGCUUUUCUAUGUACCAGGCCUAUUUUAAGGAGAAGAGCCUGUACAAGGAGUGUUACCCCAGACCUGUGGUCUCAUUCAGGUUACCACCAUUCUUGCCUCAGCAGCAUUUUAUCCUGGUAGCUGGAUUCCAAUGACUGUGCCAGCUGCUGUGAAAAUAAGAAUAAUAGUUGUCGUCAUUUAUGGGCAGUUAUUCUUUGCCAGACACUGUACCCGACCGCCAGUGCGAUACUUGAUUCCCUCAGCCAAUUUGAAAGUUAGUAAUCAAAAUUCCCAUUUUACAGAAAAAGUAGUACAUUACAAAAGUUAAAAUGAGUAUAACAUGGCUGGGGUCAGGAUUGUGAGCUUCAUGAGUUAUGUACACUCUGCUGUUCUUGUUUCAUCCAGUAACCCCAACCACCAUAUUUUGUUUUCUCUGCUAGAGUAUUUGGAAGUAUAUCGUAGACAUACCAUUUCACCUGUAAAUACUAUAGCAUGCAUUUCCAAGAGGUAAGGAUAGUUUUUUGAAAAUACAACUAGAGUAUUCUUAUUGCAGUCAACAAAAUUAACAGUAAUUCUUUAAUGCCUUAAUACUCAGUUUGUUUUGAGUUUUUUCCAUUUGUUCUAAAAAUGUCAUUUUACAGUUCAAACCCUUCAGUCUUUCAACAGGAAGAAGCAUUAUAGGUAGGAGCAUCUACAAUUCAGCAAGGUCCUGGAUGCAUGGAGACAAGAGGGCUUUCAUAACUGAGGUUUAAGGAGGUCACCCCAGGCAGCCAGAAUCCAUCUUGAGGUGAAAUAACUUCCAUCUGGCACUGUGGCAGAAUUUCAGGGCAGUCACUGGACUGACUCUGGGGCCAUUACGUUGCCUGAUCCUUCAGCCCGCAGAGAGCAGGACUGGGAGAAGAUUUUGGCUCCGAAGAACAGGGAAGACGUGGAGACCAUGAAGAAAUUGACUCCAAAACAUGAGGCUAAAGGUGUGUCUUGUAAGGAUACUGACUGGCCCCAAGAGAAGAAGAGGAAGCCCACAAUGCUGGAACCAGUUACAUUCGAGGAUGUCACUGUGGUCUUCACGGAGGCAGAAUGGGAGAGACUGAGCUCUGAGCAGAAGAACCUAUACAAAGAAGUGAUGCUAGAGAUUUACAGGAAUCUGCUCUCGUUAGCAGAACCGAAGCCAGAACUCCACCCCUGCUCCUCCUGCCUUCUGGCUGUCUCCUGUCAGCGAUUCCUCAGCCAAUACGUGCUUCCCAUCUUCCCAGGCUUAUGUGUGGAACAUAACUUCCAUCCGGGGCAUUCCAGCCAAGGACAUCAGAAGCAGCCAGAGCAGCCGGAUUCUGAUCAGAGCUGCUGGAGGGAAAACACAGAAGGUCAAGAGAGAGAAGAAGUCUCCAGACCCUUGUAUGGGAGAAGAGGGGAGAGAGGGACUUCCAGGGCAUUCUCCAGCCCACCCCGAAGACAGUCAGCAAGCCUUAGAGAAGGCAACACAGGGGUAGGGGUAGAGCCCAACUCAGCCCAAUGGGUGAAGCCUGUGGAAAGAGGCCAAGGGUUGAAGGAAAUAGAAACCUCAAGAUUUGGAGCAGCCAUCUCUAGAGAGGAUGAACCAGACUGUGGCGUGAAGUCAGACUUCAUCACACACCAGAGGUCCUUCUUCUGGAGGAAGCCGUAUGUUUGUAGUGAGUGUGGCCGGAGCUUUAGCCACAAGUCAUAUCUCAUCAGACACCAGAGGACACACUCAGAAGAGAAGGCUUGUGUGCACCUGGAGUGUGGGCAAGGCUUUAGCCAGAAGUCAGACCUCAUCAUACAUGAGAGGACACCCUCAGAUAAGAAACCUUAUGUUUGCUGUGAGUGUGGCCGAGGCUUUACCCAGAAAUCAGUCCUCUUUAUUCACCAGAGGACACACUCAGGGGAGAAGCCAUAUGUGUGUAAGGCAUGUGGGCAAGGCUUUAACCGUAAGUCAACUCUCAUCAGACACCAGAGGACACACUCAGGAGAGAAGCCACAUGUGUGCAAGGAGUGUGGCCGAGGUUUUAACCGUAAAUCAAAUCUCAUCAGACACCAGAGGACACACUCAGACGAGAGACCUUAUGUGUGCCUGGAGUGUGGGCGAGGCUUUAGGCAGAAGUCAGGCCUCCUUCUCCACCAGGGGACGCAUUCAGGAAAGAAGCCACACGUGUGCAAGGAGUGUGGGCGAGGCUUUGGCCAGAAGUCAGGCCUCCUUUUCCACCAGAGGACACACUCAGGGGAGAAGCCACACGUGUGCAAGGAGUGUGGGCGAGGCUUUAGCCGGAAGUCAGGCCUCCUUCUCCACCAGGCGACACACUCAGGAGAGAAGCCACAUGUGUGCAAGGAGUGUGGGCGAGGCUUUAGCCACAAGUCAAAUCUCAUCACACACCAGAGAACACACUCAGGUGAGAAACCUUACUUGUGCCUAGAGUGUGGGCGAGGCUUUAGCCAGAAUUCAGGCCUCCUUUUCCACCAGAGGACACACUCAGGGGAGAAGCCACAUGUGUGCAGGGAGUGUGGGCGAAACUUUAGCCAGAAGUCAGGCCUCACCACACAUCAGAGGACACAUUCAGAUAAGAAACCUUAUGUUUGCAGUGAGUGUGACCGAGGCUUUAACCGGAAUUCACGCCUCCUUAUACACCAGAGGACACAUUCAGGGGAGAAGCCUUAUGUUUGCAAUGAAUGUGGCCGAGGCUUUACCCAGAAAUCAGUCCUCAUUAUGCAUCAGAGGACACACUCAGGGGAGAAGCCAUAUGUAUGCAAGGAGUGUGGACGAGGCUUUAACCGCAAAUCAAAUCUCAUCACACAUCAGAGGACUCACUCAGGUGAGAAGCCACAUGUGUGCGAGGAGUGUGGCCGAGGCUUUAGCCAGAAGUCGAAUCUCAUCACACACCAGAGGACACAUUCAGAUGAGAAACCAUACGUGUGCCUGGAGUGUGGGCGAGGGUUUAGCCAGAAGUCAAGUCUCCUUCUCCACCAGGGAACACACUCAGGAGAGAAGCCAUAUGUGUGCAAGGAGUGUGGGCGAGGCUUUAGCCAGAAGUCAAAUCUCAUCAGACACCAGAGGACAUACUCAAGUGAGAAAACUUUCAUGUGCCUGGAGUGUGGGCGGGGCUUUAGCCAGAAGUCAGGGCUGUUUUUCCACCAGGCGACACACACGGGGGAGAAGCCACAUGUGUGCAAGGAGUGUGGGCGAGGCUUUAGCCACAAGUCAAAUCUCAUCACACACCAGCGGACGCACUCAGGUGAGAAACCUUACAUAUGCUUGGAGUGUGGACGAGGCUUUAGCCAGAAGUCAGGCCUCCUUCUCCACCAGGGGACACACUUAGGGGGGAAGCCACAUGUGUGCAAGGAGUGUGGGCAAGGCUUUAGCUAUAAGCAGAGCCUCAUUAGACAUCAGCAUGCUCAGUCAGGAGAAGCCGUAUGUUUGCCGUGAGUGUGGCCAAGGCUCUAACUGUACAUCAGUCCUCCUCAUUCACCAGAGGACACAGAAUAGAAACUCUGUGCGCAAAAGGAGAAUGAGCAAGAAUUUGAGAAAAAGACACACUUCAUUAUACAUCAAAGAACGGCUCU